UGCUGGAUUCUUUGUUGCCGGCAUUUCCUGCCUCAGAAUUCUCGUUGCUACCCGACCUCAGUCUGCUUUUUUUUCUCUUUUUCUUUUUUUCUUUUCUUUCCAUUGUGUUAUUUUUCUCUCGCUUAAAGUUGCUUGCGACUGUGAAUUCAAAAUUCUAAAAAUCCCACUCUGAAACAAAAAAACAAAAAACAUUAAAACCAAACAGCAAACUCCGAACAAGAUGCAAGAAAAUCUUAGCCAAGGCGUUGCCUUGGAACUGACCCCGUCAUGCACCGCCUUUUUAUUCGAAAACAUGCCUGGACACUCACAGGAAGAUUCCGUGCUUCCGUCGGUGCUUUGGUCGUCGGGACUGCAGACAGAGGAAGGCCAAGACGACUUUCAAACGGCGGAACCACAAGAAGCGUUUCUGCAAAGCCAAGACCUUGAUACUGAGGCGUUGGCUCCCGUGCUCUCGCUCAAGACCAUGGCAUCUCGUGUUGAUUUCUCGGGCUCUUUUUCCUUUGCCCAAGAGCUGGCACAGAAUUCCCUGGGUUCUUGGCUCGACCAGAGGGAAAGCGAGACGCACACGUCGUAUUUCAGACCAUGCCCUUCCCCGCGCGGCGGCGACUUUGGUUCGACCGAUAACGCUCUCGAUCUUGUGCAAACUGCCACUGAGCUUGACAUGGCGUUGGCGGAGGUCUUCUCCUCAAGUGACGAGCCGUCAUCGAGCUUCCUGGACGACUCCGAAUUACACUCUGAUUUUCCGAGCGAGGGCUCUGUUUCACGAAUUCCGUCGGCCGACAUGGCCACCUUGUUCUCGAUGCAGGCAAGUGCCUCUUCCGAUUCCACACACCUUGCCGAGAACUGGUCGGCGUCAUCCGCGCCAGCUGCUGCAGCUCCAACCGGUGCCGCCUCGUUGCCGCCCGUGACCUUUUCGGGCAACGGCUCUGCUCCAAGCAACCCUGCGACCUUGGACACUGUUUCCGCUCAGUUUCACCCAUUCGCAGGACCGCACUCUGCUUCAGCAUCCAACACCACCACAGAGUCGAGCCCGUACGCCAGCUCCGAGGACGACCUUUGGAGUUCCUUCAACUUCCACCUCCUCCCGAGUGGUGUGUGUGUUCCUCGGUCGCCGCCUGCCGACGACCCAUGCAUGCGCAUGAUGGCUUUGGGCGCCACGUCCUACUUGGUCAUCUCUAGCCCCAAUGAUGAGUCCGCCCAAAAGCGCUCUGCUCGUCGAAAGAAUGAGGGCACGGACGAUCGCAGGAACGCCAACAACCGAAACCACCCGGAGCUCGAUCUGCACUUUAAGGUUGUCCAAGUGUCCAUUUCGGCAGACACGCUGGAGCAGUGCAAGCUGCUGUGCAACGUGCGUGGCGAAGUGCUUUCAAUGUACACGACCCAGCUGGUCAUUUCACCGCGGGACAACAACCCAGUGGACAACAGCAACCCAGUGAACGUCGCGCGCACAGUGUUUGGCGGUGUGCACGAGGACGAUGUGAAGGACGACAAGCGACUGGCCGAACUCUUGGAAAAGGCUGGACUCUUCGACGCUCUCACAAGGACGCUGGCCGCCACUCCCACGCUUACUCAGUGUCUCUCGCCGACAAUGGCCCACGACAUUUUCCUCGUGCUUCGUACACGCGUGGUCGACCUGCUGUUUGUGCAAGAAAAGUUCUUCAAAGAAAGCGGCACGCACCCGCGCCCUCCCCAAGGCCUCGAAUGCGACUUGUGGCUGCCAGGUUUCGAGGACGACACGUUUCGCAGCCACGACACUCGCGGCUUGAAAGGUCCGCAGCACGCCACGUUCUACCAAAAGCUGCUACUGCACGGACAGCACUCGCUGCGGGCAGUGUACAUUGGCUUGUUCUACGGGGACGUUGCGCCGGAUGCCCAGGCCGUCCUCAUCAACGUUGUCAUGUGGUCUGUUGCAUACACGAAGCGUAUCCGAUCGCCAGUCAAGCAGAAGGCUGCUGCGAGGAACAGCAACUCGACGCUUGUCAGGGAGAACAUGGAAACUGCUGCAGCGGCUAGCAAGUCUUGCCCGAGUCCGGCGGCGAAGGGCAAGUCCAGGGGGCGGUCCAGUCGAGUCAAGAAGCUGUAAAGGCCUUCGAGUGUCUGUGUGAAGCUGCGCUGCCUAUUGUUGCAGCAGCUGUUGCUUGCUCCCCAAGCUUCCAAAGUGUUGAUAGGUUGAUGCAUGCACCCCAGUGGAGGUGCCAGCGGCAAAAUGAAAUCGGCAAAACGAAAUGGGAGGUGUCCUUUUUGUUCCGUGAGUGUUAUUACGAGUGUUGGGCGUUUGCUGUGAAUGCUAUGAAUGUUUAUCGUUUUUGUAUGAGAAUAC